AUCGAUGGGCGUAUCUUUAUCCCUCGUCGCCAUGUGCAGCGAGAGUACGUGCUUGGGCCCAUUUUCAAGGAGAUCCCUUCUGAGCUUCCCGCCCUAUAUCCUCGUUUGGAGAAUCAAUGUCUUCUGUAUGAGGGUGGUCUCGACUGGAAAGGUUGGAAAGUCAAUCGUCCUCACCGAUGCUGGCCCACGAUGAGACCAGAGUGGCAAGAAUGGUACGACCGGGUUGUCCCUGCUAGGACACUGGACCUUCAAGAACUCUGCCUUCUCGAUGCUCUUUGACUAUCUAGGGUAACUA